GCACAUGACAGCCGGCUCACGCAUGCGCAGAAUACUCCUGAACUCCACACCUGAAACGUCUGACGGACCUUCUACAAAAACAAUAAAAUAAUCUGGUAAAUAUUGUACUUUAUAACGUGUAAAGUCCACUAAAGCUUCUAUCCUCUCAGAAUUGAUGUUCAGUCGCUUCACCGCUGUUGUCUGCCGCUCUCACCGCCGCCUGUUCCUCCUCUCUUCAGCGGGGACUUGGAGCUCAGCGUGGCCGCAACAGGGCGCAAUGCAGACGGCCGUGGUGCGAUGCAUGCCCGGGGAGCCCAAACUCACCAUCUCCUUCUGUCUGGACGGGAGCCACAAACACAUGCUCCGGGACCAAGACGAGCCCGUGGGGAAAGUCCUGACGCGGAUCGGCCACAAUCUCACCAAGAACCAGGGCAAGGGCAAGAAGAAGAAGCGGGGAGAGGAACCGAGUGAGAGAGCGCAGCCCGCCGCAGAGGUGAAGCUGUUGUUCGGGGAGGAGCCAGUGCAGGAGUCGAUGGUGAACUCGGAGGCUUGGAGGGAUGGAACGGUGCUGUGUGUGGGGGAGGUCCGGUACGCGGUGCUGAGGAACGCGCCCACCUUUACCUCUGCGGAGCUGCCCCGGUCUCUCAUGGCUGGGUUCCCCGUUUGCCCCAAACUGCAGCUGGAGUUUGGGAACAUGGAAGACUGCGAGUUCACGUGGUUCAAAGAAACAUGUGCAGUUUCUGGUGAGAACUGGGUUGAAGUUGGUUCUGGUCGUGUUUUUGUCCCCUCUAAUGAAGACAUCGGGAGCAGACUCCAACUUCGCUGUUUACCCAAAGACGCUACGAGGAAUGGAUUGGUCAAAGAGCUGCAGUCAGAGGGUGCUAUAGAGGCCGGACCGGGAACAUGCACUUUUGACACUCGGCACCUGUUCACUCAGCAACUGAUGCAGUGGCCAGAGCUCAGAGUUGUGUCUUACAACAUUUUGGCGGAUGUUUACGCUCAAACCGAACUGUCUAAAACGGUCCUGUACCCAUACUGUGCCCCCUAUGCCCUGGAGCUGGACUACAGGAUCAACCUCAUCAGGAAGGAGCUGUCCGGCUACAACGCAGACCUCAUCUGCCUCCAGGAAGUUGACAAAGGAGUCUUUGAGGACAGUCUCAUUCCUGCGAUGGAUGCUUUCGGAUUCGAUGGAGUUUUCAGAAUAAAAGAGAAACAGCAUGAAGGACUGGCCACUUUCUAUCGAAGGACUCGUUUCCAUUUGAAAAGUUCUCAUGACGUAGUUUUAAGUGAGGCUUUGGGCUCAGACUCUCUUCACUCAGACUUACUCCAAAACCUGAGCUCUAAGCCAGACUUAAAGGAGAAAGUCCUCCAGAGGUCCACGUCUCUACAGGUGUCCCUUCUCCAGGACUUGCUUCAGCCCGAACGCUGCCUCUGUGUGGCCAACACACACCUGUACUGGCACCCCACAGGUGGGAAUGUGCGUCUGGUGCAGAUGGGCGUGGCUCUUACACACCUGGGUCAUGUGAUCAGUACUGUUUCACCUGGAGCGGCCCUGGUCUUCUGUGGAGACUUCAACUCAACUCCACACUCGGGUGUGUGUGAGUUGCUGACACACUCCUCCGUCCCUCAGUCCCACUCAGACUGGUUCAGCUCUGGUCUGGACCAUCACUGCCCCAUGCACCUGGUCUCUCCGUUCCCCCCUCUUCUCUCCGCCUGUGGGACCCCUCCAUACACAAACUACGUGGGCGGAUUCCAAGGCUGCCUGGACUACAUCUACAUCCAACCAGACCACAUGAAGGUGACACAGGUGAUCCCUCUGCCAUCUCAUGAGGAGGUGACCACAUACGAGGCUCUGCCCAGUGUCUCUCACCCGUCAGACCACAUCUCUUUAGUCUGUGAUCUGCACUGGAGCCCCCAAAACAACCAAUAACCCCUGAAAAUAAGACACCAAUACAUAUUAUUCAGACACAUCCUUGCCUGGGAUCCAGAAUACUUACUUAUUUGAACAUGUGAGUCUGGUCAUGGGUGAAUCUCCCAGUUUUCAGAUGGGUGUGAUUGAUGGGUUGAUUAACCAAUUAGGGACAUUAAUGGUCUGCUGUAGCAAAAGUGUAAAAUAAUAAAAUAUCAUGAUUUCUACAGAAUCAAUGGGUGAAGCGCCAAACUCUGUUAAUCUGAAGUGAGACCAAUUUGUUUGGCCAUCUAUAACUUACACAUACAAUUAACUCCUUUGUUUCAUAUGCUUCAGUGAAAAAAACAAAUCUGAUUGCAUGAUCACGUUUGCCCAUGCUUGAGAUGCAAUGGAGGGCAUGGGGACCAGACUAAUAUCAAUUCUGAAUUUGCCUGGCAAGACUUAUUCAAUUUCUUUCGAAAGUUGGUGACAUGCGUUAGUAUCCUCAUGCCCUUACACUGCUGAAGCAAUGUCUGCAAUUUGUAUUUGAAAAUAAAUCCAAAAUUCAGGUUUUACUCUUAUUUAUUCAAUCUACGUCACUUUAAAAAAAAAAGAUAGUGUGUGAAUUUUCAAAGUUGAUGUGGGAAUCUUCAGUUACCUAUUUAUGAAUGAAUUCAUUAAAGUUUGCCACAUGGGCCGCACCACAGAAUGUUCCAGGUUCACAUUCUUUGACUGAUCUACUGCCACAGCAUGUUAGUAAGUAAUGCAUUUGUCUUUAUCUUUCUUUUGAUAUUGUGGCAUUGCUUGGGUGUUCUAAAAUGUGAGCUGUCCAAAUUAAACAAGAUUUGAUAAGGCAACAUAAUAUUAGUAUGGCCCUUUCGAGGUGAUUGUCCAGAAUAAAUUCCUAACACACCUUUCCCACUUUUAUAGAGUCCUGUGGCAUAAAACUGUUCUUAUGAUACAAGUCGAUGUUUUACUAUUUGUCCACCCAUGUAAGAAUUGUUUGCACUUUGAUAAAUAUUGCUGUGCAUCUAAACAAUAAAAGUUUUAUCAGAGAUACCUAGCUAAUCUGAUAAUGGC